GACGUCCUCUCCAAAGUCUGCCCGAUUUCUAAAGUUAGCGCUGAAGACGUGGGAGCUCUGCGUCUCUAAAUAGCGGGCAGAACGCUUCAAGUCACCCUGUAGACGCUUUUUCCGUACAGCAACAUGGCCGCGCCCGUUGGCUCGUAGAAAAGGAGAAAUUUCGUUGCUGUGCAAGUGGCAUCUUUCAUGACCACUCUACAGGGGUGCUGUUUCCUUAAUGCAAGUCUGAGAGGCGUUGUGCAAUUUUUCUGACAGGAAGCGGUUACGUAGGACAUAGUUAAUGCUGAGUAAGCAAUGUCGAGGACUUUACCAUCUUUUAUAAAAAGGACAUUAUCUUGAAUGACUUCCUGACUUGGAGGAUGGUGGACCUAAUGGCUAGAUUCAAGGACCAAACAGGAGGUUCUGUGGAGGCCCAGGAAGAUAGGAGGAUUCAAUUGGGAUUCCAGAAAUAAGAUCAAGUUUUAACUCUCCUUUGCUAAAUUGGCUGAAAAUUUUGAAUUAACUCUGAAAUUAAAAGUUUAUAUUAAAACAUUACAUUUUUCCUUAACAUCGUAUCAUGACUAUCAAAUCCUCUUUUGUGCAUAUGUCAAGUUUAUAUUCUUACACAUGAAAUCUACCUGUGUAUAUGAAGCAUAUUUUUAUUGAAAUGUAGGACAUUUAAUAAUUUAAUCUGGAAAGUCGGGUUUUAUAUCUAGACCCUAAUUUCCAGAGUUUUUUUUUCUUUCUUUUUUAAAAGAAGAAAAUGUCUGUGGUGCAUCAGCUGUCACCAGGAUGGUUACUAGAUCAUCUUUCUUUUAUUAACAACAUAAACUAUCAACUUCACCAACAUCAUGAGCCUUCUUUGAUCUCUUUUGGAACCUCUGAUACAUUUAUUGCUUUUGACUCUACCUCUAGGCCAGAUUAUGAUGACAGAGGAGAUGGUGAAAUCUUUAUACAGAAAUAUGUUUUUCGAUCUGAGCUAUUUAAUGUCACCAAGCCUUAUAUAACUACAGCUGUUCACAAAGAAUGCCAACAAAGGAAUGAAAAGGAGAACCCAGUGAGUGGUGUUAAAGAAGAAAACUUCAAUUCUAUUACUGGCAAGAAGCGUAAAAGAUGUGUUGUUUUCAAUCAAGGGGAAUUGGAUGCUAUGGAAUACCAUACAAAGAUCAGAGGACUGAUUUUGGAUGGCUCUUCAGAGUUAAUCCAAGAAGGUCUCAAAAGUGGCUUUCUUCAUCCAUUUUCUGAAAAAUGGAAUGAGUGUAGUGGGUCCAUUACUUUACCACUUGAUACCUGCAAUUUGUCAGAAUUAUGUGCAAUGGCAAAACAUUUGCCUUCUCUGAAUGAAAUGGAACUUCAGGCAUUACAAUUGAUGGAAGAGGAUAUGUCUGUUACAGAACAGGAUUUAUUUUCACGGAUUGUUGAAAACAACUCUAGCUUUACAAAAAUUAUUACUUUAAUGGGACAGAAAUACCUGGUGCCACCAAAAAGCAGUUUUCUUUUGUCUGACAUUUCUUGCAUGCAUCCACUUCUGAAUUGUAGGAAAACAUAUGAUGUAAUUGUGAUAGAUCCACCAUGGCAGAACAAAUCAGUUAAAAGGAGUAACAGGUACAAUUAUUUGUCACCACUACAAAUAAAGCAGAUACCUAUCCCUAAACUGGCUGCUCCUGACUGUCUUGUUAUUACUUGGGUGACCAAUAGACAGAGGCACCUACGUUUUGUAAAGGAAGAACUUUAUCCUUCUUGGUCUGUUGAGGUAGUAGCUGAAUGGCACUGGGUAAAAAUCACCAAUUCAGGAGAGUUUGUGUUCCCAUUAGAUUCUCCACACAAAAAGCCUUAUGAAGGUCUUAUACUGGGGAGAGUUCGAGAAAAAACUGCUAUACCAUUAAGGAAAGAAGAUGUAAAAAUGCUCCCUCUUCCAGAUCAUAAGUUAAUUGUUAGUGUGCCCUGUACUCUUCACUCACAUAAGCCACCGCUUGCUGAGGUUCUAAAAGACUAUGUCAAGCCAGAUGGGAAAUGUUUGGAAUUGUUUGCUCGAAAUUUACAGCCAGGUUGGACUAGUUGGGGCAAUGAAGUUCUCAAAUUUCAACACAUGGAUUAUUUUGUUGCUCUGGAGUCUAGAAGCUGAGUGUGGUCUUAAACUUGUGAUUUUCUUCAGUUUUUCCUCACCCCUUCUUCCUUCAUUCUAACUGAUUGUUCCUUUUCUUACCAACCAGUAUGCUUAGAAAUGUAAACAGGACUUGGUUUUUCUGCAAAAGACCAGAAGUGACUAGUCUUUAUGUAAUUUUGAGAUGAAUCUACUUCAGUUGCAUUAGUAUUCUCCAUUAUUCCAGAUUCACUGUAAAUAAAGAGGCAAGUAGUUAAAAAAAUGACAAGACUUUGUUCUUGAAAAAGUCCAGAAAGCAUGCACUGUGGACCAGAGGUUGUAAUUCUGCCCAUGGAUGUGUUUUGUUUGGCCUAUAUGAUGUUGUAAAAAAAAAAAAAAUUUAAGCCAUCAUUCUAAAAAAUCAGGGAAUUUCACAUAAAGUCUAGACUUCUGCUUUUCUUUAAACAUCAGAACCUCUGGCUGCACUGCAGUCUGUAUUCUUUCCUGUAUCAGUAAGUAGGACCUACUGGUAGCAACUCACUUGGGAAGGGACAUGUGCAAAGUAAAAUAUUUUUACUAAAAUGA